UCGCAAGAAGCAAAUAGAACGCAGCCAAAAUUCGUCGCAACAGGCGGUCUAUCUCGACUCUCUCUCAUUCUCCUCCCUCUCUUAACUUGACGUCCACGCGACACCUUUUGGAUCGCCCACUACCCACCACCAUCACCCUCCCCAGCUCCGCAAUUACGGAGAGCUCGCUUUCGGAGCCAGGAACUAGUCUCUUUCGGUUCGCCAAGUCGUAAAAAACUUAAGGUUAUUGAAGGUAGUUGAGCUCUUUGCGUAAGGAUGAUUUACACAGCAAUGGACAAUUUCUACUUAACCGAUGAGCAGCUAAAGGACUUGCCUUCUAGGAAAGACGGUAUAGAUGAAGCGACAGAAACUACUCUGCGAAUCUAUGGUUGUGAUCUCGUCCAAGAAAGUGGCAUCUUGCUUAAACUGCCUCAAGCUGUAAUGGCCACUGGCCAGGUUCUAUUCCAUCGUUUCUAUUGCAAGAAAUCAUUCGCCCGCUUCAAUGUGAAGAAAGUUGCUGCAAGCUGUGUGUGGCUUGCGUCAAAGUUGGAGGAAAGCCCAAGGAAAGCAAGACAAGUGCUCAUUGUUUUCCAUAGAAUGGAAUGUAGGAGGGAGAACUUACCCAUAGAGCAUUUGGAGGUUGGAUCGCAGAAAUAUCAUGUCCUCAAGACUGAUCUGAGCCGAACAGAAAGGCAUAUAUUGAAAGAGAUGGGAUUCAUUUGUCAUGUUGAACAUCCUCAUAAAUUCAUAUCCAACUACCUUGCCACCCUUGAAACACCUCCAGAACUGAGGCAAGAAGCUUGGAAUCUAGCAAAUGAUAGUUUGCGUUCAACUUUGUGUGUUCGGUUUAAGAGCGAGGUUGUGGCUUGCGGGGUUAUCUAUGCUGCUGCUCGUCGCUUCCAUGUACCCCUUCCUGAGAAUCCUCCAUGGUGGAAGGCAUUUGAUGCAGACAAGUCUGGGAUUGAUGAAGUUUGUAAGGUUUUGGCUCACCUUUACAGCCUUCCUAAGGCACAGUACAUUCCAGUCUGCAAGGAUGGAGACUCGUUCACAUUUUCUAACAAGUCAAAAGAUUCCCAGUCUCAGCCCAUUCCUAAGGAAGUUCUGCAGACUAGCCCUACAGCUAAUACCAAGCCAGCUUCAGCAGCAGUUAACCUUGAAUCUGGUGGAUCCAAGGAUGUACUGGUAAGAGCAGCCAUUGACAAGCUGAAGGAGUCUAAGAAAAGUGAGGAUGAGCCAAAGAAUAUGCCUGUUGAGGGAGAUGCAAGAGAAGAGCCAAUGCUAAAAUCCAAUCCUGAGCACAGAGCAGAGGCAAGUAGGGAACGGAACAAGGAGAGGGACAGGGACAGGGAGAGAGAGAGGGAGAGGGAGGACAGAAUAAAGGUCCGUGAUCGUGAUAGGGGCAGAGAUUCUGACCGGGAACGUGACCGAGAGGAAAGUGACAGGGACAAAGAUAAAGUCAAGGACCGCAGUCAUCGAUCCAAGGAUAGAGGAAAGGACGCAGGGGGGCAUUCGGGGAAGUCGAGACAUCACUCAUCACGAGAUCGUGACUACCACAGUUCCUCUUAUUCUUCAAGGGAGAAGGAUCGCCAUAGACAUCAUUCAUAUGCUUAAAACCCAUACUUUUAUGUAUAGCUAUCACGUUUGGUCUGUAUGAAGGAAAGACUUAACAGUGGGGAUAAAGAGAAUGAAAAACUGCUUUAUUCAAACAAUA